GAGGGCAGAUAGUUCCUCAACAGCAUAAAAAGCACCUUCUAUCUAUCUCAUAAAAAGAGAGAGAGGAAACAAGAGAGAAAACCGCUCUCCUUUUUCUUCUCGUUAGAUCAGAGAUCUCAGAUCUUCUUCAUCGUCUUCUGUAGCAAUGGAGAUUUUCUUCUUCCUUGUUUUUGGAGCUUUCUCUGCGGUCGUUGCAGUGCUGGAGUUCAGCAAGACCAACAAAGACCGCCUCAUCACCUCUUCCGCCUUCAAUUCCUUCAAGAACAACUACCUCUUCGUAUACUCUCUUAUGAUGGCCGGGGAUUGGUUGCAAGGUCCAUACGUUUACUUCCUCUACAGCUCCUACGGUUACGGAAAAGGUGACAUCGGGCGGCUGUUCAUUGCUGGCUUCGGAUCUUCUAUGUUGUUUGGGACAAUUGUUGGAUCUUUGGCUGACAAACAGGGCCGGAAGAGGGCUUGUGUGACCUACUGCAUAUCUUACAUUCUAAGUUGCAUCACCAAGCAUUCUCCUCAUUAUAAAGUUUUGAUGUUGGGCCGAAUAUUGGGAGGUGUUGCUACGUCCCUCUUGUUUUCAUCCUUCGAGUCAUGGCUUGUUGCAGAACACAAUAAGAGGGGCUUUGACCAACAGUGGCUGUCCCUAACGUUCUCCAAGGCAAUAUUUCUGGGCAAUGGUCUCAUUGCGAUUGUUUCUGGGCUUGUUGCGAACUUACUGGCUGAUACUUUGCACUUUGGUCCUGUUGCCCCCUUUGAUGCUGCCGGAUGCUGUCUCGCCAUUGGCAUGGCAAUUAUCUUAUCAUCAUGGACUGAGAAUUUUGGAGAUCCUUCUGAGAACAAGGACUUGCUUGGCCAGUUCAAGGGUGCUGCAAUAGCCAUUGCUUCUGAUGAAAAAAUUGCUUUGCUGGGUGCAAUACAGUCCCUGUUUGAAGGUUCCAUGUACACGUUUGUAUUCCUCUGGACUCCCGCUUUAAGCCCGAAUGAUGAGGAAAUUCCUCAUGGUUUCAUUUUUGCUACGUUCAUGUUGUCUUCAAUGAUGGGAAGCUCCUUUGCAUCUCGGUUGAUGGCCCGCCCAUCCCUGAAAGUUGAAAUGUAUAUGCAGAUUGUUUUCGUAGUCUCUUCCUUCACUCUCUUGCUCCCCAUCAUUACAAAUUUCUUCAUAGCACCGCCAACCAAGAGAGGUGGAAGUAUGUCAAUCAGAGGUUAUAUCCAGUUUCUUGGGUUUUGUAUCUUUGAGGCUUGCGUGGGAAUAUUUUGGCCAUCAAUCAUGAAGAUGAGAUCCCAGUACAUUCCUGAGGAGGCCAGAAGUACAAUCAUGAACUUCUUCCGUAUACCACUGAACCUUUUUGUGUGCAUUGUGCUCUACAAUGUUAAUGCAUUCCCUAUCAGUAUCAUGUUUGGUAUGUGCUCAAUUUUUGUCUUCAUGGCAUCAGUCUUGCAGAGGCGACUGAUGGUGGUCGCAGAGAGCCAGAAGCUAAGACCACAAGAUUGGACGGCGAUGAAGGAGAGAGACUCAGAGGCAGAGCCACUAAACAUUUGAUGGGCAAGAUGAUAAAAUAACCAAAUUUCAGAGAGUUCAAUUAUUACCACCUCUUGCUGUGAAUAAAGAGGAAGAAUGGGUUUCAAAAGUGAGUAUUUGGUGAAGGCCUCACGGCACAGAAAUUGCAUUCCACCUUACUUUUUGAGCCCUAUUUUUGGAGUAAUUCAAUGAGAAACUUGUGCUAAAGUGCAAGUAUAUCUCCUUAGUCAAUGAUACAAAACUUACACACAUUCCUGCUCGUGUUCUUGGCUGCUGCGUCCUUUCCCAUUGCAUUGAAGGGUGUGCAGCUUAAAGCAUCGUUUUUUCUCCCCUUUCUUUUUUCUAGCUGUGAUUUUAUAGCAUGUGGCCUUGCGGCAACGCAUAUUUUGUUCUUUUAGGGAAAUAGGGAAAAAUGGGUAGUCCAACAGUUCUAAUGUGCAGUAAUUUCUGUCUUCAAAUCCAUAAUGAAUGCCACUUCUCUUGAUUUCUCACAA